GUCAAGUGCACAUAACUGAUUUGAAGACACGAUCUGGACGAAAGACUUCGACCAUGGAACAUCUUGCAUCCGAAAUUCUUGCAAUCAUCGAAAGCCUGGGGGAGCACUUAAUGGAGCACCCUCUGAGUUUAACAGAUUUGGAAAUGAUGAGCGACGGUGCCAAGAUCACAGUACCCAACCGGCUGGAGGUCCAAAUGGGCAAUUUUCCUGCCACGUCAGACAUCCUCAAGCUCAACGAGGAGAAAACAAAGUCUGCAAGCAGGGAAACGUUCAUUUUGGCUGAGCUCAUUGAAACUGAAAAGGCUUACGUGCGAGACCUGCGAGUGUGCAUUGAUACUUACAUGAGGGAGAUGUUGACCCAAGAGGAAGAGAUCCCUGCAGGACUCAACAAUAUGCAGGACGUCAUCUUUGGGAACUUGUUGGACUUGUAUGAAUUCCAUCAUAAGAUCUUUCUCAAGGAACUGGAAAAACAGAAAAACGUCCCUGAAGAUGUCGGACAUUGCUUUGUCAAAUGGGCUGAGAAGUUUCAUUUAUAUGUGGACUACUGCAAGAACAAUGAGAAGUCCACUCGGCUCAUCAUGGAGCAUACUGUCAACUAUUUUAACAAAAUUCAGCAGAAGCACGGACUGGCAUUCUCGGUACAAUCUUACCUGAUUAAACCAAUACAGAGAAUGACAAAAUAUCCGCUCCUGUUAAAGAAUCUCCUCGAGUGCUGCGAAGAUGGGAAAGGAGUACUCAAGGAAGCUUUGGAGGUGACUCUCAGCAUCCCUAAGAGAGCCAACGAUGCCAUUCAUUGGUCCGUGCUAGAAGGUUUUGAUGAGAGCGUUGAAUCCCAAGGUGAGCUGCUCCAACAGGAGUCAUUCAAAAUGUGGGAUUCAAAAUUACCAUUUUGCCGGGGGAAGAAUAUACACCUCUUUCUCCUAAAAAAGUCUUUAGUAGUCUGCAAGGUAGUCAGGGAUGCCAAAGCCAUGACAAAGUACAUAUGCAAGAGGAAACUCAACCCAACUGAGAUAAAGCUGACAGAACACCACACGGGAGACCCUGUGAAGUUUAUUCUUUGGAUAUCGAGCAAAAGAAUUGUUCUUAAGGCGUCAACUAUUCAAAUCAAGCUGGACUGGAUCGAGCAUAUCCAUAAGCUAAACAAGGAACACACCCGCCACCUGACAGGGACACUCAAAGAGCCGAUCAGUGUUCCUAAAGCCAUCACAGCAAAGCUCUGCAAGAGCAAAAGGUCAAGGGUGUGAACUGCAGUGGCUUCGAGUAUUCCAUCAAAGUGGCUCGGCGUCUGUUUUUCUUGUACUUUUUGCAACAUUUGUUUAUAUGAUUUCUUGUACAUAUUGUAUAUAAUUAUGUAUUUGGUCAAAUAAAAUGUCAUUGUUAUUUGCA